AAUAUAAACUUGUAUGUAUUUGUGCACACUAUUUAUUGAGCACUGAGUAGAAACCCGUUCUUGCAGUAGCCAUCUUUCUUCUCUUAUAAUCGAAAUCGGCGAGCGAAUCAAAAAUGGCAAAUAGGAUUUUAAUUUCAUAUUUGCGACAAAGUGUCCCAAUGGGUGUUCGUGGGAUGACAUCGUUACCCGAGACCAUGAACAGAAUUGGGAAUAGGGACAUAGUGGGUCACGGAUACAAUGGAGAACCAACUUACUUGGAUAGAGCCGAUUUCCCGAUGCCUGCAAUUCGUUUCAAGCCAAACACACCGGACGUAAUGGCAUUAAGAGAAAAAGAGAAGGGUGACUGGAAAAAGUUGUCAAUUGAAGAAAAGAAAACACUGUACAGAGCGAGCUAUCGUCAAACGUUUAGUGAAUUCCAGGCACCUACAGGAGACACGAGGGCAACUUUUGGAUUAGCUCUAAUAGGUGUUUCGUUUAGUAUUUGGGUAGUCUAUUUCCUUAAAACGUUUGCAUAUCCACCAUUACCGAUAACCUUUGACGAGGAACAUAGACUUGCACAAUUGGAACGUAUGCAAAUACUUGAAGCUAAUCCUAUAACUGGACUUACUUCUAAAAAGUGAAUUUAAUUUACUUAUGGUUACAAAUAUAGCCAGAAAUAUGCUCCGCUAUACAGUAACAGGUCAAUGAAAAUGUUCUGUAUAAAGCCUGUAGGAAAAGUGUUUAAUAAAUUAAAUAUUACUAUUAAAUAAAAA